AUGGUCGAGCGCUUACACCGGCAGAUGAAGACUGCAAUCAAGUGCCACGCAACGGAGGCAUGGACAGAAGUGCUCCCAGUCAUCAUGAUGGGGAUCCGAGCAGCAUAUAAGGCAGAUCUCCAAGCAACACCAGCAGAACUCGUAUACGGUGAGACAUUAAGACUACCUGGUGCAUUUUUACAGGAAACUCCACAGGAGACCAGCAGCUUGAGCGACUUCAUACUGCAGCUGAAGAAAGCCAUGAGAGAUCUACGACCACAGCCAGUAAAGAGGCAUGGUACACCGGCCGUCUUCGAACAUAAGGACCUGCCAAAUUCAACGCACGUGUUCCUCAGGCACGACGCACCAAAAGCGUCCCUGCAACCAAGCUACGACGGCCCGUAUGAAAUCCUCAGCAGAACAGACAAAUACUCCAAGUUACGGAUUAACGGAAAGACCGCCCACGUAACAGUAGACAGAAUCAAACCGGCAUACAUGUUGGCUGACCAGGACGAACCUAAAGCCACACCGGUUAUACCAGCCCCGAAGAACUCUACGACGGGCACUCCAGCUCCAGAAGAGACGAUCACAAGAAGCGGCAAGACGUCAAAGAAAACU